UAUACGGAAACUUCGAAUCUUACAUGUAAACAAAUCUCAAAACCACAGUUUGACAUUUUACUACUAACAAACUCCAAAGAUCUAAACAUAUGAGUUAAGUAUCUAAUCGGGUAAUUAUUACAGUGGUUUUCAGAAAUCCAUGUGUGUUCAUAUAUGGAAGAUUGAAAGUUCAUAGUUUAAUGUGGGAACCUAUGUUUCUAAUAUUUGUUACAUUUUCUUUUAAUAAGUUGAUUAAAUCAUUUUAAAUUCAAAUCUAUGCUAUCGAAUCACCUACUAGUCUUCUAUUGUUUACUAAACAGAGGGAAAUAGAAAGAGAGAGAGAGACAUGAAGAGCACUUUCAAGAGAGAAGAGAAGGGAGCAUGUAGUUUCAGUUCCAGGUGAAGUUGCAUAAUCAAGGAUCUCUCAUCAAUGGAGUUUUCUAACUCUUGUUCUUCAUUUUCUUCAUCCUCUGUCGACAGUACUAAACCUUCUCCUUCUGAAUCUUCUGUUAAUCUCUCCCUUAGCCUCACCUUCCCCUCUACUUCUCCACAAAGAGAAGCAAGACAAGAUUGGCCACCGAUAAAGUCUAGAUUAAGAGAUACACUAAAGGGUCGUCGUGGCGAUGACACAUCUCUCUUUGUUAAGGUUUACAUGGAAGGUGUCCCCAUUGGGAGAAAACUCGACCUUUGUGCAUUCUCAGGCUACGAGAGUCUCUUAGAAAACCUGUAUCAUAUGUUCGAUACUUUAAUCAUCUGCGGUAAACGAGAUAGAAAACAUCAUGUUUUGACAUAUGAAGAUAAAGAUGGAGAUUGGAUGAUGGUCGGAGAUAUUCCAUGGGAUAUGUUUCUUGAAACCGUGAGAAGACUAAAGAUCACGAGACCGGAGAGGUAUUAGAAGAACCAUGGAUCGUUCAAGCUGGCUGUGGUCUCACAGUUUUGAGAAGCGAGAGAUUUAGGCAUUGAGGAAGAGACUUGACGUGGCUGCAUAUUGCAACAAAGGCCUUUAAAGAAGUUGGAGAAUUGAUGCAUAUAUAUAUGACACCGUUGAGUGUGUUUUUUUCCCCUUAUAAAUAAAUCAUCCAAGACUUCUUUAUUUUUAUUUUUGUUCUGAAUAGAAAUCUAAAUUUCUUAUACGACAUGUUUGUUGUAAUCGUGUUCCUUCGAAUGUGUACAUGACUAUGAAGAAAACACGAACGUUGUUUAUGGGGAGCACGAACGAACAUGGA